CGGAAGGAGCCGCAGGGCAUGCUGGGAGGUGUGGUCCCACGGGCGGCGGCGCAGGUCGGGGAGGGGCCCGUUUGGUUUUGGCGGGGUCGGAACCAGUUUGUCUGAGAAGCAUUCGAAAUGCUGCGUCGGAAACCAACCCGCCUGGAGUUGAAACUAGAUGAUAUAGAAGAGUUUGAGAGCAUUAGAAAGGAUCUUGAGAGUUGUAAGAAGCAGCGUGAAGAUGUGGAUGUAGUGGGAGCCACUGAUGGAGAAGGAGCUAUUGGUCUGAACAAUGACCACAAGAGUCGAGAACAAAUGAUAAAUGACCGAAUUGGUUAUAAACCUCAGCCCAAACCCAACAACCGUUCCUCUCAGUUUGGAAGUUUUGAAUUCUAGAGAUUUGAUGGCCUGCCACCUUCCACAGGCAAUUGAGUAUUGGACCAUGAUGGGGUGUUCAUCCCAGACAGUGCUGGCAGAGAUGUUCAAAGGCUGUUCGGGUAGGUCUGGGACUGGCCUGUGUUUGCCAAUGAGUCUUGGGCUUCAACAGGGGAAAGUGUUUGCCUUUUCCCAAGGCUGGUGGGAUGUGUUUUUAACCUGACUUGUUACUGUACCUCCAGAAACCCCUCUGCCCAGCAACUUUGUUUUAAAUAAAUAUUUUUUUUAAAUGA